AUGAAAACUAACAUUGAGCUCUUGGAUGAGCAGAAAAUCCGCGAACGACUCCAUAUCGUUAUGGGAGACUUCAGCCUGCAUGAUAUAGUAUGGAGUGGCGCUUCGUUGCCGACCCCGUUCUGGGACAUCCCAGCCCGCAGGUUGCUAGCGCACGAGAUGAGUACCAAUGCUAACAUGGCUUUCUUGACAAAGCAAGGUACUGUCACCUAUAGCAAAGGCAAAGGCGGUGACCACUCAACUGGUUCAUGCCUCGACCUCACUUCCAUAGCCCUUGGAAUGACAGCGACCACUGUCCCAUCAGGACAACUCUUGACAUUAGUAUUCACCGUCGACAUCAAGGAGAACUCGCGACGCGCUCGCGAAAUUCCGCUCCAAGAUGCAAACUAUGUGGAAGAGUUCAUGCCAGCGCUCGUCGAACUCAUCUUUGCCGCCUCAAUCCGUACUACCGAACCCCGCCUCGUAAACCCACCACCAGUACAGAAACCGAUGGGCCUUCAUUCAAGGCAGAUACUGCUUGGGGACGACGUUGGGCUUGAUGUACUUCCUUCUCAAGUCGACCUCGAGCCGCGGCCGAAGAAGCCAACGCUCUGGCGUGAGUACCUUUAA